GAAAAGUCAACAUGCAGAACGAGAGCCUGAGGGACUACUGCAGGGUGCGCUCUUCAAAGAUUCCAGAGCCUGAGGCAGAGUCCAGGUGAGCUCGCGAGGUGUCAUCCUUUUCCCUUCCAUCUUCAAGUUCCACUUCUGGACUUCAACGUAAUCAACCGGAGAGCGCUGCAUUUUCAGGAUCCGCAGCGAAGACUGAGCAAAGAGAGCUUUCUUUGCCUUCCAUUUUGUUCUGCUCGCGCCUACAGCUCUCUAAGAUCAGACUUCUAAGUAUCACAAGCAAUUUGUAGCAGGCACUCGCAAUGGGGCUUGCAAGCAAGUUGAAAGCGCAGGGUUACACAGGUCCCGAAGGCUACGGAGCUCCCGCCGGGGCUCCCCCGCCUCAGGGAGGUGCUUCUGCAACCCCGUACCCAGCACCGUAUCCCCAGCAGGGCUCAGCCCCGGGCCCAUACGGUCAGCAACCGGGUGCAUCUCCAUACCCCCCCCCUUCGGGACAAUCCCCAUAUCCCCCUCCUCCAGGGCAAUCCCCUUAUCCUCCCUCAGGGUCGUCUCCCUAUCCUCCCCCAGGUGGCGCGUCUCCUUACCCACCCCCUCCCGGUGCUUCUCCAUACCCUCCACCUGGCGGUAGCGCUCCCCCCAAGCAGGGGUCAUCUCCGUAUCCUCCGCCGGGAGGCAGCUCUCCUUAUCCACCUCCUGGAGGCUCCUCGCCUUACCCCCCUGCCCCUGGAUCGUCGCCCUACCCACCACCUGCAGGAGGUUAUGGCUAUCCUCCGGCUCCAGGCCAGGGAGUUCCCGGGGGUUAUCCAGGGGCGCCGGGCCAGCAGAGCCAGUACCCCCCCCAAAGUGGAAUGCAAGGUGCAGCUGGGGCGGUUGAGGCCAAACUGCAGCACGUCGUGCGUGAGAACCAAUUGGACCGCUUCUAUCCUCCACAAGCCGUCCAGGCGCUGGCCCAGAGGAUUACGCAGACCGUCAACUUUGAUCAACUGGCAUCCAAGUGGCGUAUGCCCAAAGAGUUGGCCAUUGACCUGGCGGGUUUGGCGCUGUUUGACAUCGUGAUCCUGGCGGACGACUCUUCCUCCAUGUCGUUUGAGGAACAGGGCGAGCGCAUUGACGAUCUCAAGAUGAUCCUCAACCGAGUCGCAGAGGUUGCGACGAUGUUUGAUCAGGACGGGAUCACGAUCCGCUUCCUGAACUCGCAGGCGCAGGGGAACAACAUCAGGACUGCGCAAGAAGCCAACACAUGUGUUGCCAAGACCCAAUUCCAGGGGCUCACUCCUCUAGCAGCAAGCAUGGAGCGCAACGUGCUGCAGCCCCUCGUGUUCGGCCCCGCUCAGUCCGGACAGCUGCGCAAGCCCGUUCUAGUGAUUACCAUCACGGACGGGGAGCCGUCGGACAGUCCCAAAGAUGCGAUCCUACAGGUCAUCCGCAAUGCGCGUGCGCGCCUGGCACCACAGUACGGGAAGUGCGCCGUCGUGUUCCAGUUUGCCCAAGUCGGCCGAGAUCAGCGCGCUCAGGCGUUCCUGGCCAAGCUUGACAAGAAUGCAGACAUUGGCGACGUCAUUGACUGCACAUCCUACUACGAGCUAGAGGCAGAAGAGUUCAAGCGGAAAGGGAUUGACAUGACUGUCGAGCUGUGGUUGGUGAAGAUGAUGGUUGGAGCAUUCGACGACUCUUAUGAUGCCGAGGAUGAAGCAUAGAUAAUGCAUAUUGAGUAAAGACUGGUUGACCCUUUUUGUCAAUGCCUAACCGCUUGAUAAGGCUUUUCUGAGGUCGUUUGAGGCCACCUUGAGAAAGAUAUGUAGGAGGGGUGAAAAUGGAUAUAGUAUACAUAAAGAUAAGGAAGGUUUUUUAGGUGAUUGUUGUUGUUUUUUAUUAUACCGUCCUUUUCACCAACUUCGUUUUGUCUAAGAAGCAUCUAGAGCAACGGCUUGGUCAUGGUGAGAAGAUCGUCUUGAGAACAAAGGCCUUACUCUAAACAACCAUAUCAGCAACUUUGAGCACAGAAGUAUGUCAAGCCCAACACUAUCUAGUUGCAUAUGUCUUUCACACAGUGUAUUCGCCGGGUUACUCAUUCACGUGAAAGCUGGG